AUGGGAAGCUUCCACUCCAUCCCAAGCCGAUCUGGGCGUCGCCGUACGAAUCGUCUGUCGAAGCCGUUGACAAAGAAGGUGUCAUUCCUCAGCCCUAUCAAUCGCAAAUCACGGCCUACGGAUUCGAAUACCGCGUCCCCGGUGUCGCCUCGUUCUGCUCCUCGGAAAGAUCCACUGAACAAUGCUUCUGUCCCUGUCAAUUCGUCUGUAUCAAAUUACCAUGCUCCCCUGCCACAAUCGCUUCGUUCUGCGCCGUCUCAAUCAAAGUCACUACGAAGAGUCUCCGCUUGGUCAAGGAACAAGCCAAUCGCUGAAGAAAAUCCAGACGAGCAUCGCCAUGAUCUCCCGAAUCCGAAUCCUAACACCACCGCCUCCAUGAGCAGGCGGCCUUCCCUUCGGCCAACCCGAAGAGCUUCUUUUCAGCCAGAAUCUUUACGCGAUUUUUUCCGACCAGGCAAUACACCGAGACAACCAAAAAGAUCCUAUUCAGUUCAAUCGCUUCCUCAGAGCCCCAGAGGCACCAUCUACGAGGAUGCGCUGGAGGAAGCCACGUCUUCCAACACGUAUUUCAUGGUGGAUAAUCAGCGGUUCUCCCUAACUCGCCGGCGCUCUCUUCUCACGCGGCCCGGAGUAGCUACAAGGAAACCAUCACGACAAUCCGUCAGAAGACUAUCUCCGCCAAUUAACCAAGAUCCCGAAAGCCCAUCCGACGGAUUCGCUGAGAAACAAACAUUAUUACAGCCACCGUUUCUCGAAACCGAAGAUACAACUGCGAAAUCUAUUUUUGCCUCUACCUCUACCCGUCCGGACACUCCAAGCGAUUUCGAGUAUACCCAUUUGGGUGCGCUCAAGUUGGGUUCUUUGCGAGUUGUCAAUGGCUCUGCAUCUCCGUCUUCCAGUGAUCGGACGCGCUUGAAUAUCCCUCGCAGCACGUCACCUGAGAUCUCUUCGGACGAUGUGUGUACAAAAGAGUCAACAGUUACAACCCACACCAAUAGCCAAAAAGUCUACGGUCAUAGGUCAAGCUCUGGAAGCAAACGGAAGACGACAAGUAGCGAUACUUCUAUGCUUCAGAUCUCUGCUUCGCCUGAUAAUGAAGACGCUCCUGGAAGCCCAUUUUCUUUUGAGUGUUCACCAACGAUGGCAGCAAUCCCAAGACACGCGUCAUUCCUUACACAAGAAGAGGAUGAGGGAAUAUCAUUACCAAACGAAAAGAGCCUGAUCGACGAUGGCGCUAAUCUUUUGUGGAAGACUCAUAUGAAGCCACACUCUCGAAAGAGGCUUUCGCAAUCUCUCGCAAAAGCUGACAGUGGCUACAGUUCCACUACGUCCGCCCGCUCUUCACAAGAUAAACCUACUAGGAGAUCUAUAGAUUCUCAACGACCAGGCAGACAAUCCCGGGGGUCUCGCAAGGUCUCCACCAGCUGCGGGUUCGAAAGACACGGAGAUCACGUCGAAAACUCGUUGGGCUUGAAUUACCUGGAUCCGAUUCGACGCCAUUCCAACCGUCAAGUUUCUAGGUAUGAAAGAUCGCAGCAGUUACAACCGGACAUGCCGCUCUGGAGCCCCCGUUUUGCAGAUUCUACGGCUCUCAGGCGUGCUAUGUCUUUUUCUCGGCCAUUUGGGCCGUUGGACAGCCUCGAGGCCUCUAUCAAAGACGCCACCGAGGCGCCAAUUCCUCAGAGGCGACGGGCAAGCAGUAUUGGAGGCCGAGCGUCCCACCCCUAUCAAAACUUUCAUGCUCUGAAUUCUUCCCGGUUGUUGCGCCAUCAAUCAAUUUCUUUUACCGGUACGGAACAAAGGAUCCCUGGGGUUCCGGGCAUAUAUAACACUCGGGACUAUACUCGCCUCAACAACGCAGACACAGCAGGCUACAAUCGCUUUGACCAUUAUCGACCUCAAAACCAAUCUAUACACCGAUCAUCUACGGCGAGGGCCAAACAAACUAGAGCUGACAUGGUGAACGAACAUUACCAUCAGUCAAACAACAACUUAGGUGGUAAAUCUGUGUUGCCAAGGCAUAGCACUGAUUUUGCCCUGCGGAAAUCCAUUUCUUUCCUGGAACGAAUGGAACCCGUGGUAGAAACGGACUAUGGGACUCUAGCCGGAGGGUCUUGUAACAGGGUUAGGAACCCAAGCAUUGAUGAACAGCAAACCAAAUAUGCUCGACCUGUCAAGCGUCGGAGUCUCAACAUGUCUACUUCCCCGUUUAUUUUCAAAUGA